AUGGCUCUCCUCGAUGUCAUCGGUUGUGUAUUCAGGUCACCGACAUCACUACUUCUCUUCACAGCGGCGCUUGUGUCCCUCUUCGUCAUUGUACAUACUUUCUUCAUACGCAGGCUACCAACUGAUGCGCCCAAUGCUGCCAGCGAUAACUACCCUGUCACAGGUCCCUGGGGAUUCUGGACGGAGCGCUGGGAAUGGUAUCGCCGGCGACGCGACCAGUCGACGACAGGCAACUUCUCUUUCCAUGCAGGACCGAACACUAUCGUAGCUCUGGCCGGAGAAGAGAGCCGCAAGCUGUUCUUUGAGUCGCGCGAACUUGGCUUUGCAGAGGGUUACGCGAUACUAUUUGGCGUGGCUCCAGCGACCGAAAAGUACGACAGCGAGCAGCGCGCAGAAGAAGAUAUCUCGAAUCACUUCAGUCGCCGCCUGGCUGCGCUCUUGAAAAACGACCAAUUUCGCCGCAAGCUGUCGACGCUUACCUCAGACAUGCAAGAGGCCAUCAAUGCUAUCAAAAACGACCCCAGCGGCCGUACGAACCCCUUCGAGAGCAUUUACCGGGCGGUUUUCCAACUCACCAUGCGAGUAGUUGGUGCACACGAGAUUGCGGACAACCCAAAAUUGCUCGAAGAGACACUCAACCUCUUCGAGUAUAUUGAGGCUAGUACUACAGCCACAUCCAUCAUACUUCCAAAGUUUCCUUCGCCCGCCGUAUUAAAGCGCACAUACGCAGGAGCUCGUUUGUAUAUGAUAAUCGAGAAUAUCGUCAAGCGGCGAGCGGCGAGCGACGAAAAGCACGACGACGCUCUGCAGUACCUGUUGGAUCAGGGCGACAGGACACACAAGAUCGUAGAGUUUAUUGUUGGUGCCUUGUUCGCCGGUCUGCUCAACAGCGGCAUCAACGCAGCUUGGGUGCUGUGCUACCUUGCUACCUCUGCCGAGUGGCUCACCAAGGCCCGAGACGAAGUCUGUGCAGUUGCAGCAAAAUACGCACGGAAUCCUACCGCGCCGUUGCGCUAUCAGCUUGACGACGUUCCACUGGAGGCAUGGGAGACCGAUUUUCCUAUUGUCGACCUGUGCUUGAAGGAUUCAAUCCGCAUCAACCUCCUCGGCACAGCUUUCCGCAAGAACAUCAGCGGUCAACCGCUUCCUACUGGCAAGGGCAUGGAAGUCAUCCCACCCAACGCAGUCGUCACUUACGCAACCGCCGACGUCCACCAAGACCCUUCCAUCUACCCGAACCCCGAAGUCUGGGAUCCUGCACGCUACCUCCCAGGUCGUGAGGAGGACAAGAAGGUGCCACACGCUUGGCUUGGCUGGGGCGUGGGAAGGCAUCCGUGUGCGGGUAUGCGAUUCGCCAAACUCGAGCAGAACAUCAUUACGGCGUACUUCCUGGCAAGCUUUGACUUUAGCUUGGAGAAUGAGAGCGGCAAAACAUUAAGUGUGCCGCCUAAGGUGGACCAGAACGGUCAUUCUGCGUCUAAGCCAAAGAAUCCACCUUACCUAAGGGUGAGUUCAAGAGAGAAAUAG